AGACGCCAAGUCAUGUUUUGCAGGGAAAAACAACGAUUUGCCCAGAAUCCGGGGUAAAACUUUUUUUAGUUCUGACAAAUUGCGGUGUGAACGAUGUGAAUAACAAUCGUUCAUUGCGGAAAGCUAAUUUAGCAACAGGACCGGCGGUCAGUUAUAACCAGUUGCAGCAAUGCAGGUCAGCAGCGAAUCCGUCUGGAUAUCCCUUCCCCGUUCGGAUCUGCCAGGAUGACUCGCACGUCGCUUUCGUUCGUGCUGCUGCUUGCGUCCUAUGUAGCCGCGUCGAAUUCAUCGGCCACGAUCUCGACGGCUUCUGCUUCCGAUAGCAGUACCCCUGUCAUGAGUAGCACAAGCUCUAUGGGCAGCACAAGCUCAAUGAGCAGCGCGAACAUGUCAACUAGCGGCGUCACAACAUCUGUGUCGACAACAUCCUCGAUGACUUCCUACCUUGCUACUGAGACCGGUCCUUUAACUUUGCCCAUCUCACAAUACUCUUUCACUCCGUUUCCAACUCCAACGCUCGCGCCAGAGCCACCGGUUUUCCCUGCGACGGAUCCCUUUUAUCCACCUCCUGUUAGUGCGGACCCACUAAUUAUACCUGACUUCGCUCCGGCUUGGGCAGCCGCUUACACGAAGGCAACGGCUAUGAUCUCCAACUUCACUAUCCAGCAAAAAGUCAACAUUACCACAGGUGUUGGCUGGGCUAAUGGUCUUUGUGUCGGGAACACUCCUCCUGUUGGAAACUUCCCCGGGUUGUGUCUUCAAGAUUCACCGCUUGGAAUCCGGGAUACUGACCUUGUCACUUCAUUUCCUGCUGGUAUCACCACCGCCUCCACCUGGAAUCGUGCUUUGAUGCGUGCCCGGGGUCUCGCAAUGGGUCAAGAGAACCGAAUGAAGGGUGUCAAUAUUGCUCUGGGACCUAUGAUGAAUAUGGGCCGCAUCGCUCAAGGUGGACGCAACUGGGAGGGAUUUGGCGCUGAUCCAUUCCUUACUGGUGAAUCCGCCUAUGAAACAAUCCUGGGUUUGCAGGCUGGUGGUGUCCAGGCCACCGCUAAGCACUACAUCAACAACGAACAAGAAUGGAAGCGCACGCAGGCAUCUUCUAAUGUUGAUGAUCGUACCCAGCACGAAAUUUACGCUCAUCCUUUCAUGCGUUCUGUAAUGGCGGGUGUCUCAUCAGUCAUGUGCAGUUACAACUUGGUCAAUGACACGUAUGCCUGUAACAACAACAAGACCCUCAACGACAUAAUGAAACGCGAGUUUGGUUUCCAAGGCUUCAUCCAAUCUGAUUGGGCUGCGACGAUGAAUACCCUUUCUGCUGUCGCUGGUCUCGAUAUGACGAUGCCUGGAGACGUAACCUUCAGUUCAGGAACUUCUUACUUUGGCCAGAAUCUCACGGACUUCGUCAUGAACGGCACUAUCUCUACGCAACGUCUUGAUGAUAUGGCGACGCGGAUUAUUGCUGCAUGGUACUUCUUGCACCAGGACGAAGGCUACCCGAAUGUCACAGUUUCCUCGUUCAACUUUUACAACCCCCUUAACCAGGAGGUCAAUGCACAAAGCGAUCAUUAUCUAAUUGUACGCGAGAUUGGUGCCGCUGGUACAGUGCUUCUAAAGAAUGAAGGCGCCCUCCCUCUGUAUAAGCCGAAGAGCCUCGUCUUAGUUGGUAGUGAUGCUGCUCCGCCAGUUUCUGGUCCCAACGAGUACAGCGACCAGGGUGGCGAUCCAAGUGGUAUCCUUGCGGUGGGCUGGGGUUCUGGUACCAACAACUUCACGUAUCUUAUCUCCCCCUAUGAAGCCAUUCAAGCUCGCGCCCGAGUUGAUCAGACCAGUGUUUUCUGGGACUUUGACGACUGGAACCUCGCCAAGGCAGGCAACUCCGUUAUUGGCAUGGAAGCCGCCAUCGUUUUCGUCAACUCCGAUUCGGGUGAAGGUUACAUCACUGUCGAUGGAAAUUCGGGUGAUAGGCAGAAUCUGACUGCAUGGCAUGAGGGUGAUCAGCUCAUCCUUGCGGUCGCUGCUCAAAACAACAACACUAUCGUGGUCACCAACUCUGUUGGUCCUUUGAUCCUCGAACCUUGGGUCGAUCAUCCGAACGUCACUGCCAUUGUUUGGGCCAACCUUGGCGGCAACGAAGCUGGUAAUGCCAUCGCAGACAUUCUUUACGGUGCAUGGAACCCAUCUGGAAAAUUACCAUACACUAUUGCGAAGAGCCCCAUGGACUACCCCGCUCAGCUCAUAAGCGGUGGCACUCCGGCAGAUAUUCUGUCCAUCAACUACACUGAGGGUCUCCUCAUUGACUAUCGCUGGUUCGACGCACAAAAUAUUACACCUCGUUAUGAGUUUGGCUUCGGGUUGAGUUACACGACUUUCGAGUACUCUGACCUUGCUAUCACAACGAUUUCCCCCGCCGACUACGCGCAAACGGACCUGAUUCAGAACUGGGAAAAUGGGGGUGCAUCACCCAUUGCUGAAGGGUCAACAACUGCUCUCUGGUUGCAUAUGCCAGCAUACAAGGUUACCUUCAAUGUGAAAAACACUGGUGCUGUAUACGGUGGCGAGAUUCCCCAAUUAUACAUCCAUCACCCACCGUCAGCCGGUGAACCACCUUCGGUCCUUAAGGGCUUUACGAAUGUCGAGGUUUCCCCGGGACAGACUACCUCUGUAUCGAUCACGUUGUCCCGCUACGACCUUUCUAUUUGGGAUGUUGUUCGCCAGGGAUGGGCGAAACCAGGAGGAACUAUCACUUUUUCUGUUGGGGCAAGCAGCAGGGACUUUAGACUGAGUGGGACUGUUCCUGCAUGAAUCCAAUAGACUAUUUGGACCUUGCAUUGUGAACAAUCUUGAAGCUCCUUAGACUUGGUAGAUACUGCACUUGUAGUGCAACCUCAAAUGUAACUCGUGCUUUAUUGAGUACCGG